AUGAAGAAUAUCAUUCAACUCUACCAUCACUUCAGAUAUGACCUCAAAAACAAUAAAACAGACAUCAGUUAUAUGGUGAUGGAGUUCGCGACCAAUGGAGACCUCAAACAACGACUCUCGCAGAGGGUUCAAGAGACAGGACAUCCAUUUCCAGAAAUUGAGGCAAAGGGACACUUCGUUGAGAUGACAAAUGCCAUUCAAUUCAUGCACUCAAGAGGUGUAUCGCACGGAGACCUCAAGUUAGUCAACGUUUUGCUCACAAUUAUUGGCGGCAAAGAAGUGACAAAAUUAACGGACUUUGGAUGCGCUCGAGUCGUCUUCACCAAAGAUAAAGGACUAACAGAGAAGACCAGAGCCGCAGGAACUCCACAAUACAUGUCACCGGAAGCUCUUCGCGUAUAUAUCGCUCAAAACCUCUUUAGACAGGAUCUGUUGAAACAUAGGGCCAAACGGUAUAACCCAUUUCGAGACGACUGUUGGGCUCUCGGGACCCCUUUGACUGCUCUAUAUUUCGCGAAACUGGUGAAAGAGGCCGGCUUUCCGCCCGGUGUUGUCAAUGUAUUACCGGGUCAGGGACAUGUCACCGGUGCCGCGUUGGCUGAGCACAUGGACGUCGACAUGAUAUCAUUCACCGGCUCCACAAAAGUGGCAAAAUUGGUGCAAAUGAUGGCCGGGAAGUCAAACAUGAAGAGAGUAACCCUCGAAACCGUCAGUAAAUCUCCUUUCGUUAUCUUCGACGACGCGGACAUCGAUUGGUCGGCAAUGACUUCGCACUUGAAUGUGUUUAUGAGCACCGGUACGGCCUGUUGCACGUCCACUAAGAUCUAUGUUCACGAAGCCAUUUACGACAAGUUUGUGCACAAAUGCGCAGAUUUGUGCAAAAACCGAGUCCUUGGCGACCCCUUUGACAACCGCACAGAACAGGGCCCACAGAUCGAUGAACACCAGUUCAAUGAAGUCAUUCAAUACAUAGAGUGCGGCCGCAAAGAAGGCGCCAAAGUGUUGACUGGAGGCAAGCGAUGGGGAAACAAGGGCUGGUAUAUCGAGCCCACGGUUUUGUCUGACGUGACCGACAAUAUGCAGAUCGCGAGGGAGGAGCUGACCGGACCCGUUAUGACUAUAUUGAAGUUCCGGACCAUCGAUGAGGUGAUCGAUCGCAUCAACGACUCGUACUAUGGUUUGGACGCCGGAGUGUUCACUCGCGACACCGAUAAGGCGAUGUACUUCGCGCAGGCCGUGCGCACCGGUAACGUGUGGAUCAAUCACCACAUCUCCAUCACCCCUCAGAUCCCGUUUGGGGGUUACAAACAGUCCGGAGUGGGACGGGAGGCUGGAAAGGAUGGUCUCUACGAGUUCACUGAAAUUAAAUCUAUUGUGCUGAAAGUGGACCAGAAGUUGUCAUAAACUUAUCACAACUUGCAAUGACUUACAGUCUAUUUAAUAGACACGAAUGCAACGAUUAUUAUAAAGUUUUUGUUUUUAAUUAUCAACAAUUUAAAAUGGUUUUAUAUAUUUAGUGUC